AUGUUGCAAUCUGACUUCAUCGAACUUCCUGCAGCUACCACUGCGACCUUGAAGCGUAGGGCCUCACUCACGUUCGAAGGCAUGCAAGACGACUCCAGCAGGAAGCGACUGAAGGAAGAUACUGACAACGGUGGUCGUGAACUGCCACAUGUUAUCGACGGCGAAGCACUCGCGAACGACCUCGAGCAAGAGUUGCAAUGUGGUUGCUGUUCCGCUCUAGUCUAUCGACCAGUGUUGGUCUCGCCGUGUCAGCAUUUCUUUUGUGGAAGUUGCUGCGUCCUAUGGAUACGCAAUGGGGGCACAAACUGUCCAGUGUGUCGAAGUACCUCAACGAUAGUGACUCCUUCCCGUACUCUUCAGAAGAUGGUAGAUCUCCUACUCCGCGCUGCUCCAUUGAAAGUUAGACCCGUGGGCGAGCGGAUGCAAGCCGACGAUGUCUAUCGGGCAGGAGAAACUCUUCGAAUUCCUACCCCUCGCCAGGCUUCACCGGAACCGGUUAUAGCUGCGCGCAACAGCAACUACAUUCAUCCAUGUCCGCACUGUAUUGCUGGAAAUACAUGGGGAUGGAGGUGUCCUCAACCCAUCGCCGAUCCGGAGGCAGAUCCUGAUAAUGCUUGGCAAAUCGAGGAUGGUCCACCUCCUGGUCAUGCAUUUUGUGGCAACUGUGAGAGUAUCGUUGCUCUUCAAGCCCCCACCACGACAAGAUGUGAUCUAUGUCAAGUAUCAUUUUGCGGCAUAGGUAUACCUGGACGUUGUGUAGCUGCGCCUCUGCAAUCCCAGCAUCCCCAUGCAAUGUCUGACCUGGGCGAUUUACUUCAAAGCAUCGAAGUGUAUGACAACUUCGACAACAACGCUGUCGAAGUGGACAUUAUGGUCGAUUACUUGACUGCCAAGGGAUUGACACCUAGGAACAUUUACAGCGAGAUCGUUACAUAUGUGCAGAGCCAACCAAGACAAUUCGCUCCUUUAAUCGAGAACGGCCUUUUCAUGGACGUGCACGGUGUCAAUGGCGGCGAGGAUCCCGAUCCCAGUGCUCCUCGUCACAGGAUAUGUCGACUUUGCGCGACCGAGAUCUUGCUGUGGGGUCUGCGAGAUUGGUGGAUCAGAGAGAGGAAGAAAGGUCACUUAGACGAGUACGUGAUGAAGCGACCAGAUUGCCCUGAUGGAAGAAACUGCGAAAAUCAGAAAGAUAACGCUCACGCCAAAGAAUUUAAUCACAUUAUCAUGCCUAUCGAUCCUCUCCCUGAGGUAGAGGAUCCAAGUGGCUCUCAACCAAGAAAUAGCCUUUCUAUAGCACCCACAACUGCCGAUGAACCAACAUCCGCAAGUUCAGGGUCCCGACACGAAUUUAUUUUGCAAUCUUCUGGCGACGUUCUUGGCCCAUCUUCGCAAGAUCUCCGUGACGAGGUGGAGGCGCUGUUGUGA